AUGUCAUCAGCCGGAAGCACACCCUUCGACAGCGAUAGAUAUAAAAAAUGCACAUUUCUCAACGCCAUACAACACAUCGACAUUCACGGAAGAGUCCGCUCGAGUUACAUCGAAAAGGGCUCAGCCGUUACGUCCGUUUCAUCGUACUGUAGGUGUUUCACCAAUCCAACGGUGUGUGUUAAUUCGAGGCUCAAAGGUUUUAGUGUGACGACGAAAGUGUGUGGUUUGUAUCCGGGCAACGAUAUUCUCUCGAAAAAGGCAAGAAAACAGAAGACUGACGCUUCUAAGAGAUUUCCUUUCGGUUCUGUAAUGGUGAGGUAA